GGUACAUUGUACGCACAUGCGUACUGUCCUACAGGUAGAUUUGCCCCUGUGCGACAAACGCAGACUGCAGACUUGCAGACAGGCUGGUAAACAUUGUUCUAAAAUGCUCUAUCCCCAACCCUAACCGUUACCCUUGAAGGCUUGUUUUAGGCUUAAUUAGAGUUAGGAUUAGAGCAUUUUAGAACAAUGUUUACCUGCCAGUCUGCAAUUGGUUUGCACCUCAUCAGGCAGUUUUUUGUUUUGCCGGACUGACAUUGACCAAAUCGCCGGUAAAGCUCAAACAAUAUUCUUAGCUUAUGUUAGUAGACGUCCUGGUCUACCCAGAAGAGAGAAACUAGCAACACAACCAUGCAUGAUUAUUCGGACUUGUUGGCGCGAGGAACUGAAAAAAGAAGUCUUCACCUAAUUUUUUUCGCCAUUCUUUUCACCUCGCUCGUGCACGCCGCAUGGUAGUCGUUCUCUCUGGUCUCGCCCCUCCUUCGCGGGUGCGAUUCUCGGUCUUUUUUCGAGUAACGAAAAGCAUAACUAGGCAGUCAUGCAAUCAUCUCCCGGGAAUCAUCUAUCGAUCGUCAUAAUUAUUCAUAAUAAUUUUCUCGCUUUUUUAAAAUGGGGUUGUCAAGGGACAUGCUCAAUCCACCUUACCAUACCCAUCUUAAAUUCUUAAUCCGUCAUAUCACUGUUGUUCGGAUGGUACAAAAUGACUCAAAGUGUUGUUAUUCAGGCCCGCGCACAGUCGCCCCUCCCCUCAGAGGAAAAUUCAGAUAAGAAGAUUCGUUUUUUCACCUUAUUUUUCCUAAUGAGAGGAGGCUGCCGUACACAAGCUAUUAUCAUUUUGCUGCAAACAACAUCAAGUUAAUUUUUCGCAAACUACGCACAUUGAUAUUAGACCCUCACAACUGCGUAUAGCAGGUGCUUCAACGCGUCAUUAAUUUUUCAAGUCCUUAUAACUACAGUGUCUGAAUUUCUCUUAUCAGAUCGUUGUGUAAUCAAAUUUAAACUUCAUGGAAAAUAAAAAACAGUCAUCAUCAUCAAAUAAUUCAGUUCAUAACAAUUUUUUUCUUCUCUGUUAAUCAGAAAGCGUGACUAGAAUAGCGUAAAGGAAAAAGCUAUUUGUACGUUAAUUAAAAUUGAUGAGCUCCUCAUUUGAAUAUGAUCAUCACGUUAAUAUUGGGGUUGAAAAGCUGAUUUAAACUUCUGACUUCAAGUAGCCUUUACAAUGAUGAAAGCCGAUAAAGUAAAUUGGGAAAAUCACUUCGUUUUAACAGCAUUAGUUAGUUAGGUAGGUACAGAAGAAUCCCGAUUUUUUGAUCCCUCGGUUUUUCGAAAUUCCCAAUAAUUCAAACCAAACUUUACUUCCCUUCACCUGUCAAACACUGUAAUUUUUACCCCCAAUUUUUCAAACGUUCAGAUAAUUCGAAUCAAUUUGCUCUUCCCAAAGUGGUUCGAAAGAUCGGUAUUCUACUGUAGUUAUAAGGUAGGAGGGUAACACGCUGACUACUUAAAUCACAAGGGAAACACCCCAGCCCCAACAACACAACCAUGGAGGGCGUGUUUGUUUAAACAUGAUUAAAUCCCGAUAUACAGAAAGCGGAGAAUUUGACGUCACUCCUGGAUCUCAACAGACUGCUCGAGCGCUCUUGACCUACGUAAAAAUACGGGCUGUUUUGUAGUCUAACUACUAUAAAGGUAUACAAUUAUUAAUCAAUAGACCAAACUUUCUGUGGGUUUACCGGCGUGAUAACCCACGCGGGAUGUUGGGAGAAAAACUCGAGAAAAGUUUGUAAAUCACGAUCAAGGUGGUUCCGACGCCUGGCACCGCCAUAUCUAAAUUAAAACUCCUCUCUUUGCUUUAGAUGUCGCUCUCAAGUGUCAUAUACAUAUCUGUAGCCGUACUUCGGACAUACCAAAAUUUCUUCUAAUUCCUAAGGCCGGAGGCGGUUUGGUAUAAUUUUGUAUUCUAUACAUUACUAUUGACUUAUCAGAAGCCCGUCUUGUACCUUGUUUAAUAGAAAAAAUGAAUAUGCACUUUCACUUACAGCGUGGCAUAUAUCAAAUGUGUUUAGGGUAUUUGGCCUAUAGGACGAGGCGAACGUUUCGCGCCAUAUGCUUUUUUUGUGACGCGCAAGGAAGUUAUCAGCUGCACAUCUCUUGUGAAUCGUACCACUUGAAAAGUCCUCUAUAUCUCUCUACAUUAACGAGAUGCAGUUUCAUCAGUUGUACUACCCGCACACGUCAUACUGACAUUCACUAAUUUAGCCAAUGGCAUUAAUAGUAAACAUUGUUUUACAAGUCUUACCACUUGUACAUCUUUAAUCUCCCGACAGUGCGAUUUUUAAAACGUGUAAAUGGCUUCUUAAGACUGAGGUAAGACUCAGUACGGAAGAUUUAAUAUUGUUAGGUUUGGGGUAAGAAUUGUCUCAACCAAGGAAAAAAAAAUAUUUUGCAAGCCAGGAAAAAGGAACUUUUGCUCAUUCUUGGUUUAAAGAGGUAUUUCAAUGCAGAAAAAAUAUUUCAGUUUGUGCUUUAUUGUGUUUAAUCUGGGUAUGUUGUACAUAUACGUUUAUCUCAAUAGACCAUUUCUGAGUUGCCAAAAGUCUCUGUUUCAAAGCGAGGCUAAAUGCGAAGCUAUUGAUAUGAAAAUGAAUUUUUAUUCUCGUGCAAUUAACAAGAAAUAUUUUACACUUAGCUUCGUUUUGAAAGUGAGACUUUUAGAAUUCGGAAAUGGCCCAAAUUUCAUCUUGAUCAAUUUAUCAUUUAGUGGUGCGCGGACACAUUAUCCGUGUCAGCAACCGAAUACUUUUCAUGAGAGGAUAAAGUAAUUUUACUCAGCAGUUCUUUUCUUUGUUUUUCAGUGUGCUACUAAUGGAGUUGUCCCCGUUGAAUCUUGGUCUUAAAGUUUAUGUUUUUAUACUCGUCCUUUCACUUGCAAAUGUCGUAAAAGGUAAUUCAAUCAUAUAUGCUUUACUGAAAUGUCUCUUUACUAAACGUCUUACUUGCGAUCAGGCGUUCUUUCUUUCCUUCCCCUUUGAGAGACGAGGGCAAAAAAGGACGCCUAAUACAUUUACUUUACCAGUCCUCUACCCGUAGUCUGUGUCGCCUAAUUGGUCGUUAUAUAAUAAAGUAGUGUUCGACCAGUUUCUUUCUUACUGCUCUAGCUUGUUGAUAGUGAGUAUGUCAGACAGGCAUGUAGUGCAGAGAAAAAAUAAUAAUUAUCUUUCAAAAAAAUAUUGCGAAAUUGAAAGCGCAGUAUUGUAGUAAAAAGCCCUUUGCAGUUCGAUGCCACGCGAACUAACCCUUACUAAAAUUUGGAUUUAACCUAAAGUAUACGAGAGAUUGAAACAGCAUAAUAUAAAAUAAAUAGUGGAUCUUCUAAAUUGUAGGUUUUAAAACUCUUCAGCGUACCAUUUUAUGGUGUUUUGAAUAACCGAAAAAAAAAAACUAUUAAUAUGUAUUAAUGGAAAAAGGCGUCGGACUAAACGCCACGCGGUGGAGCAAUUUGGUUAUCCGUUUUAUAGAAACUCGUCGAACUCGUCAACAUUUGUCCUUUACCAAAUUUUCUUACGCUCUAUCCAUGGUAUUGUUUGUUGUUUGUUGGUCUGGAUCCCAUAUUUUUUGCAGUAAGCAUUUUGUUCACGUGACUGCAAGCUGCAAAGGGCCUAUACGUAUCUUAAGUUUGCAACCAACACAGAAAUUACGCAUGAGCAGGGCAUUGUCUGCAGCUAAACGUUUUUCUCUACUAUGCAUGAGUAGGCCUUUGUCUGCAUGCAGUUGUCUGUAGGUGGCCUAAUGAUCUUUAGAAAAAAUAAUUUGAAAAAUAUUUAUCUGCUUGAAAAAUCAACAAAAACAAUAACGUUCAAAAACCUCUGAGGGCCCUGGCGUUUGUGUGGCGUAAUCUAAGUUAGACUCUCAGUAAGAGGCUUUAUAAAGCUCAUAAUUUUUAUCUUUCUUAACGCUUCUACAGGACAAGAUGUCUGCAUUUUAAAUCCCUGUCAAAAUGGUGGAUCUUGUAUUCCAAAACAGCUUAACGACUACAUGUGCUAUUGUUCGAGGGACUUUACCGGUCGAAACUGCACGGAGCGUAAGUAAAAUGAAAUUUUACAAAUGCAAUGGCCGUUCAAGUGGGAGGAAGGUGGGAACCGGGGCCCCAACUAGUUAUUGUUAGGCCCGCAGGGCCAAGAAAAAUUAUUUUCGAUGCCGGGCCACACACUUAUCUUAGGGCCUGGAUGAGCGGGUCCCCCAGUUACCUUAAGAUCUGAAUCUGUCGCUGAACACUGAAGAGAAUUUAAAGCCUCUGUCCGCUCACAAUAGUCCCUUUUGAUUUAAAAAUCAUCACUGACCUCUGUUGUCCAUGUAGGAGAAGUGCAGGUGUAACUGAUGGAAGGGAUCAUUUUUCGCCUGCACUCCUGAUGACCUUGUGAAAAUGAUACUUUAGCGCAGAAAGCUUCCUCCUUUUCGUCUCUGAAUUUUCCAAGUUACAAAAUGUAUUUUGUUGAAAAAUACACGUCGUUAUUCUUGUAAUAGGCUGGUGGCCAUUAUUCUUGUGGUAGACUCUCCAGGAACACGAGCUAGUGUCCUAACUUACGAGAUACGGUAAUAACGGGAUAAUAGGCGAGAUUUCAUUGAAUUUGCUUCAGAGUGGCAACAAACCAUUUUUAAUUUUGACAAUCCUGUUAAAAGUUGGACUUAACAGGGUGAAAAUUAAUCCACAACUCAAAAAGCAUACAUUUGUUCAAAAAUAUCAUUUAAAGAUUUUAGUCAAAAUGUUUAAAGAUGCUUGGAAAAUCCGUUAAGCGAGAAUCUAGGGUCAAAUGAUAAUAUCGCAAACCUCCGUAUUUUUUUGCACUAGAGGGUUGAGGUCCUUUAAGUGGCUUUACCUACGAGGUGUCCUUAAUAACUCUCUGUGUCCACAAGGCGUGAAUUGACUGUGCAGAUCAAUAACAUCCAUGUAAAAUCAAGGCUGACACAUUUGUCUCUUAUCUCUUUAUUUUUCAGUCUCAUUUAGAGGAAGCAUUGGCAUAAACAGUUUCGAGGCAUAUCUUCCCGGUAUCACUGCUGAGACAGGGGACAUGACAAAUUUCAAAGCUUUGGACUUCCCAAGUUCCCGCCGUGUUGAACUGAAAUUUGUGGGUACGCAACUGUCAGGACCAAAUACCUACAAAUGGACUGUUAAUGGUACCACACUUGACGCGGCCAAAGAUUCCCGUAUCAGGAUUUCCGAAAGUGGUUUUCUGACGUUUUUUUCCCCACGGCUCGAUCAUAAAGGAGAAUACCAAGUCUUCGUGACAAACGAAUUUGGUACUUUGUUUAGCAGAAAAAUAAAGCUGGAAUUUUCAGGUGUGUGCACUUUCUAUUAG